GUAAAAAGCAUCUUGGCGUGCCAGAAUUCUUAGAAGAUACGUUUUAUUAUACAGAUAAAAGUUAUUGGGAUAGAAUUUAUAAAUCUAUAAGGUAUAUAAAUUAUUCCAGAGUUUCUAUACAUGUGAUAUAAAAUGCGAGAAUCUGCUCAUGACAUAAGUCUUGACACUUGGAAGCAAUGGAUUUUGGAAGCCAUUUCAAAAAUACGUUCACAAAAACAACGGCCCAGCGUUCAACGCAUUUGUCAAGCGAUUGGCAGCCACCAUAAGUUUCACGAAGACAUUGUUGCAGAAAAACUAGAAGAAGCGGUGGAAUCAGGUGCCGUUAUUAAAGUAUAUAAUAAAGGAUUACAUUCCUAUAAAGCGCCCAUGGCAAAACGUCGUAUUAAAGUAGAGAAGAACAGUAACUUAUGUAAGAUAGUUGCAAAAGCAGUGCAUGAUUUGGGUGAAUGUGAGGGUUCAACAAUAAAAACAAUUGAAAAUUACAUACAAAAAUUCAAUAAUAUUGAUCUCGGACCAGAUGUGGAUUUUCGAGCGAUUAUAAAAAGUUCAAUUCGAAAGGCGGUGGAUGCAGGUUUUCUGGUACAAGAAGGAAAAUUAUAUAAAAAGGGAAGAUCUCUGACAACACCACGAAAGUCGUCAUCCACUUUGGAAAUACCAGUAACAACUGGUGAUGAUAACUGUUCCUAUUGUUCGGGUGACGCGCAAAAAAAUCGCAACGGUAUACCUGAACCGUUGAGUUCAUGUAAAAAAUGUGGCAUGUCCUUGCAUACAACAUGUGCGAAUAUCGCCGCCAAAUGCAAAUCACAAUCAUAUGUUUUAUUAUAUAUGUUGGUAAUAAAAGGUUCCAUUUGGUAUUGUAAAAAUUGCGCUGAGUGUAGUGUUUGCAACACUGAUCGUGGUCCAUGUUUGCUUGAAUGCACAACUUGUAAGAAUUUAUAUCAUUUGACAUGUCUGGACACUAUACCAGAUAAGAAACCCAAGCACCCUUAUAGAUGCAAGAAGUGCAUACUACAAAAUGUGGAUAUUGUUAAAAAGGAAGUAAAUAAAAAAGGCGUGGAGACAGCUAAAAGUCGGAGCCAAUCUGCAAGUGAAUUAUCCAAGGGCACAAGGAGCGUAAAGGCGGUAAUGCCUUCAACUUCUGAAUAUGCUGGUAUGCGAAAUAAAGAUUGGAUCGGUGGUAAGCUCAAGGAUAAACGCAAUCUCGGCCUGGCAGCAAGUGCCUCUUGCAAACGCCAAAUUAUCGAUGAAAUCGAUAACAGUCCAACAACAUCAAAACUUUCAAAAUAUGAGAGCAACAAGGAAAUGUACAAAGACAUUUCACUAAGCCAAGCCAUAAAAACCUCCCAGAAUUUACAAAAAACUAUUGCACACAAUUCACAUUUGAAAAUGUUCCGUCAACGUAAACAAUUUGCUGGUUUCCUUAACAGCGAGACGAAACGUACAAAAAAGAAAACACCCUCAGAUUUAUCCUCAUCCAGUUCGUCAAGUGAUAGUGACGAAGAUGAUAAUAUGGAAUUCGAUGACGACAAUCAAGACGAUAGCACCUCAUCGGGUUCGUGCUCCUCGAGUAGUUCGGGCUCCGAUUCCAGUGAGAGCAGCAGUGAUAGUUCCGAAUUUGAUAAUGAAGAGGAGGAUAAUUACGAGGAAAAUGAUGAUGACGAUUGCGAUUCGGAUAAAAGUGAGUCCAAAUCCAAUAUAUUUAUUUCGCAAAUACCAGUGAAGAAGGAAAUCAAUGUGCCUGCAAAAAACUACACGUCACAAAAUACUAAACCGAAAGAUGAACAUUGGGGCUUCGCAGCUGUGGCAAAAAAUCGUGUGGAUAUAUUUUCGCAAACGAGAAAUAUGGAAACAUCAGAAAGUUUUGCGCCACUCAAGACGUGUGGCAACCUCUUGUCUGGUUUCAAUAAAAAUUUCGAACAGGACGAGCAAGCUGCAAGUAAUAAACAAAUAAACUACAAGCCUUUACAAAACGCUGGCAACGAAGUUGAACAAACAGAAAAGCGACCAGCGAAAGUGACUACGAAGAAAGAUGAUUUGCCAGAGAGCAGUAACACGAACAACAUAGAAGCAACUGGUAGUAAGAGCGCAAAAAAGCCUGUAGAAAAAGUGCAAAAGAAGAAAAUAGCCACACUCAAGUCCGCACCGCUAGAUACGGUAAAACGCGCCGUUUAUAAGAGUGAUGAUGAUGAAGUGCCGUAUUUAAAUGAAAGCACAGUCAUGAAAUUUCAAUUAAUGGAAAAUACAAAUUAUGCUCGAAGUGAGAAACCCUUUCCAAAUGAAGAAAGUUCCUCCAAUGAAAAAGUGGAAUAUGAAGAAGUGUAUCCAGAAAAUCCGUUUGAAAAUCAACCGCUGCCAAAUGGCGUAGAGCAAACCGAUAUUGCAAUCUAUAAGAAAAUACGAGAAAACGCUGCAAAGAAAAUAACGGAACAGAAAAAUUUAAACGCUUUAGCCCAUGCGAACGCAGGUGGACCAGUGCAAGAGCGUUGUCCAUCUGCCAUUGAAAUCGGAAAGUGGCAUAUUGAAACUUGGUAUUCAAGCCCUUUCCCACAAGAGUAUGCUAGACUACCGAAGCUCUAUCUUUGCGAAUUUUGCCUGAAAUACACAAAAAGUCGCUCUGUUUUAGAUCGCCAUCAAAAUAAAUGCCUCUGGAAGCAGCCCCCAGGCACUGAGAUUUACCGCCAUAAUGACAUAUCCGUUUUCGAGGUCGAUGGUAAUAUCAAUAAAAUUUACUGUCAAAAUCUUUGCUUGCUGGCAAAGCUAUUUUUGGAUCACAAAACCCUUUACUACGAUGUGGAACCGUUUUUAUUUUACAUUCUUACCAAAAAUGAUAGAAAAGGCUGUCAUCUUGUUGGUUAUUUCUCCAAGGAAAAACAUUGUGCGCAAAAAUUCAAUGUCUCUUGCAUCUUAACAAUGCCACAAUUUCAAAGACAAGGCUUUGGUAGAUUUCUAAUCGAAUUUAGUUAUCUGCUAAGUCGUGAGGAGGGUCAAAAUGGCACACCGGAGAAGCCACUAUCUGAUUUGGGUCGGCUGUCGUAUUUCUCCUAUUGGAAAUCCAUAAUUUUAGAAUACAUUUACAGUCAUCGCAAUGAUGGACGCAUAACUUUCAAAGAUAUUGCUAAUAAAACCGGUCUUACCGUGUCCGAUAUUGCUUUGGCUUUCGAAUUAUUGAAUUUUAUUAAAUUGCGAAAGAAUGAGGAUGAUAUACGUUAUCAAAUUAAUAUCAAAGUCGAUUGGGAGAAGGUCAUGUCGCAUUACAAGAAAUUACAAAAUUCCAAACGUAUACCGUUAGAAACAGAUUGCUUGCGUUGGAGUCCACUGUUGUCGAAAUCUUUAGUUACCGACGGCAUGAAAUCCUCUGAGGAAAGCAGCUUGAUGGAUAGCAGCAAUCGCUCUGAGGCGACCGUGAUUGAACGUAUGCGUUCGCGUAAAACUAAUUCGAUGUUUUCGAAUAGUACAAACUUCAUCAAAAAAGAAUUGAAUACACCAAAUGAUAGCUCGAUGCAAGGUAAUAAAAGUAAACUUGCCUGUUUCGCGAAGGAGAGCCGAAUCGCCGGUGCAACUGUGGAGUUAAAUUUUCAAAAGCGCAAGCCUGCUGACACAAAAAACAGUAAUACGGAUUUAAAAAACUCCCUGCAUGAGGUGGUAGACGAAAGCAAUGAACCGCCGAGUAGUGACACGAGCGUUAAAAAGAAAAACGACGCAGUGGUCGCUAAGGUCGAUGUAAGUAAUGACGUCGGCAAAGCAACCACCAUGGAAGUGAGAAGAAAUCCACGUAAACGACAGUUAAGUAAAGAGUACACAGAUGUUACGCCGGCGGAGGAGACCGAAGUCUUUAAUAGGCCCGAUAAAAGGCGUAGAAUACAAACGCCACCGGCUCAAGCGGCUGUGGUGGAAAAGUCAAAAGGCGAGGCGAUGGAUGUGGUUAUUAGCACUGAUGAUGAUAAGAUAACAAGUCGUGCGCAGAGGUUGGCCAAUCGUAAACAAAGCACGCCCAUUGUAAGCACGAAUAAAAGGAAAUAUUUUGAGCGUCAAAAUGAAUUGAAAAUGAGCAUAAAACAAGAAGAGACAGUUGCGGCAGAGAAGAUCGUCACUGAACCGGAACCAGCACUUGAAGCUGAAACAGAGCGCGAAGUUUUGUUGAAGGAAAGCAUGCAAGUAGAAGCGGUGAAUGAGGUAAUUGAAGAGAAAGCAGUAAAAAAGUCUAACAAUGAUAAGCCCAUAACGACAGUGCCUAAACUACGUGGCAAGAAGAAUAGCAGUGAGAAAAAAUGCACCGCUGCGUAUCAAGAAAACAACGCCAAUGUAACAAGAAAUGAAACCACCACAAUUGAAACACCGAAAGCAGUAACACCACAAGAAGAACCUAACAAACAGGAGACGAAAAACAAUGCGAAAGCGGCGCCCACAGCCAUUGCUAGCAAUGCAACGGCCGAAACAGUGAUAAAGAGUGUACAAACAAAUGAGGCGGACAAUGUUGCAAUUGCUGAGCAGCAGAGGGGUAAAGACGAAGAAAAACAAAUGCAAAAACCCCUAGCUGAAGCAGCAAAACACGAACAGCAAGAAGCACAACCAGAACAACAGCGGCAGCAGCAGCAGCAACAACAGCAAGUGCAAACAACGACGUCACCAAGUGUGGGAAAAAUAGAAAACGCUCCCUCAACGAACACAACAACAACAACAACAACUUCUAACGAUGAAAAAGUCUUAGAAGCUGUAGCAAAAAAGACCAAAAAGACUUUUGCAGAAUUAAUGGUGGAAAACAAUGACACCAUGACUACCAAUGCAGCCACUACAGAGGAUAAAAAUUUUGUUGACAAGAAAUCGCAAGAGCAGCCCAAUGAGCACAAGCCGGAGUUAAAAGAGAUGAGCACAGCUGCUGUAAAUGAUAGCGUAAAGCAAACCGUUAUUAACACGCCCGAUGAUAGAAUCAAAGUAGUAGACGACAAAGUGCUUAAGGCCGAUGAAAAGCCCGAAGAGGGCAUAGAGCUAAACAGCACGAGCGGUGAGAAAAUAGCCGAGACCGAAGUCAAAGCUACAAUACAAACAAAGGCAGCCACCAAAAGUGAGCCUAACACUACAGAGUCAAAUACAACAACCACAACCACAACAACAAUUUCAGCAGCGGAACAAACAGCUGUCAUCAAGGAGCCGUUAUGUAAAAUAGAAUGCAUUGAGAGUGAGGCCUCACCGAAAAUGAUGCCACAAAUUUCGCCCAAAGAAACUAUAAAAACGGAUAUAGCGAAUUCGCCGUGCCUUAGUGCAGAGAAGAACAAAGAUGAUGAACGUAAAGAUGUUGCAGAAAGUAAAUGCGAGUUAAAAAGUGUAUCGACCGCGCCUGCAAUCCCCACCACAGUGCCGGCGAUGGCGCCAAUGAGCGUGCCUAUGCUAACACCGAUUGUGGUUCCGGCACCACCAGUCGCUUCGCCCAUCGCGUUAGCUACAACACCACCCGUAAUUACAGCAGCGCCGGUAUUAACGCCUACACCAGCGCCAAUACCAGCACCGCCCGUGGUUAUACCGACCCCUCCACCGGCACCAGCAAUGACAGCCGCAUCUACUAUACCAGCACCCACACAUCUGCAAAUACCCAAACCAGUACCAACAACAUGUGAAUCGAAAAUUGUAAUCAACGAUCAACUGACAACGGAAAGCAAACCAAUAAUGAAUACCAAAACCACAUUGCCGCCCAACAAAUUGCAGCAUGCUGAAAAUGUGUUGGAAUCUAAGCCGAUCGAGAAGAAAUCAAAAAACCCACACGAAGGCACAUUAGGCGAGCGCAAAGAGAAGCUUUACCCACAACCAACAAAUAUGCACGAGAGUGCGGAGCUCAACAAAAUGAAGCUGGCGCAGAAAAUAGUUGAAGCCGCCGCUUUGGAACUGCAACGCUCACAGCUACAAGCUACGGCGAAGAAAAGCAUGAAUCCAGCGGUGAUUUCAAAUGCAAACAACCUAAACACCAGCCGCAAUGAUGCAGCUAGCAGCAGCUCGUCUUUUAUGAAAACCUCAAAGGACAAGCAAAAGUCGAUAAUUUCUCAUACAGAUAUAAAAAUAAAGGAAGAGGACAAGCAGCAAGUACAAGUGAUAACGAGUAAGACCGCGGAUGCGGCAUUGUUGUCGUUGCACGAGAAGAAUCCCUAUAACACAGCAGCAGCCGCUGCCGUCGAGCAUCAGAAAAUGCAAAAUUCCAUGGACUUAAAUAAGAUUGCCUCACAUUUUCCCAUCAAUCAAAUAACCAACUACGCAAAUACGCCUCAGUACUGGCAAUGGGAUUACUAUGGCUACAAUUUUCCCACAUUAGACGCAGCAAGUCAAAAAAAUCAAAAUAAAUUCGCUAAGGAUCUGGCCACAUCCAUGGCUUAUUCGCAUAAUUUUACCCAAAAUUUCUAUCAGUCGGCUAUACAGCAUCAUGCACAUCAGCAUAUGCAGCAACAGCAGCAGCAGCAGCAACAACAACAGCAGCAACAGCAACAACAACAGCAGCAGCAGCAGCAACAACAGCAACAGCAACAUACAAAAGAAAAGCUGAAGAGCGAAAGAAAGAUGAGCGUUUGCAAGAAGGAAGAAUCGUCCUCUAAGAGUGGAGCCGGCAAUUCCAAUGGUCAAAACUUCAACAGUCGUACUGAAGAUGCACACAAUUGUGGUUUCGUCAAUGCAACCGCAGCAAGCUACGCACAGAAAUGCAACAAUGUGCAAUCGAGCAAAGCUCAUAAAAUGUCCGCAGAUCAGACACAACACAUUAAAAAUCUGCUACCAAAUGCAAGCUCGAGAUUUUACAACCCCAUAUUGUCCACAGUGCCCGUACCCACCAAUGCGCUCUCGCAACAGGCUUUAUGCCAGAAAGUCAGAGGGGGCAGUGGUGAACACAGUUUGAGUGCCUCUGAGGAGAAUAAAGUAAAGUUGAGCGCACACAAUGUCGCCAACCAGCAGCAGGGCACUUCUCAAGACAUUACCACACCCUUGUCGUACAGUUCGGGUGGGUCUUCGAAUCAUUCGGCCAGCAAUUUGCAUCAUUAUGAUUGCGGCAUGACUGUGCCGAUGAAUAUGGAUUCACCGUCGAGCAUUGGUAGUGAUAUACAGCAAAAUACCAGCGAACCGAUACCAUCGACCACGCCGCACAUUCAGCAACAACAACAACAGCAACAGCAGCAACAACAACAACAGCAGCAGCAGCAGCAGCAAUCACAAUAUUCCGAUUGUUCGAUGCAGAGCCAUAGUCAUUCGGGUAACACACCGAUGCAUAUGGCCAUACAAACGGCACACAUUCAACAGCAACAACAACAGCAGCAGCAGCAAGCAAAUCUCAAUUUAAAUAUGACGUCGAGCGGUUCACAGGCAUUAAACUCGCUAACAAGUACGCAACAGCAGCAGCAACAGCAACAACAACAGCAACAGCAUGCACAACAAAAUCGAAAAGUGAGUCAACAGGCUGAGCUCGUCGCUAGUAGCUCCAAUCAGCGAGCAUCUACACCGAAAACGAUGCGUGGUGGUAAUUCGGGUGGCAGCAAUCAACAACAGCAACAUCGCCAGCCGAAGAGCACACCACCCAGUAAUACAUCUGUGAAUGUUUCUCAACAACAACAGCAGCAGCAACAACAACAACAACAGCAGCAGCAGCAGCAGCAGCAACAACAGCAAAGUGUUAAUAAUAAUCAAAACCUACUACAAUCACAACAAGAGCACUUACACAACAUGCAACAAUAUUCCCAAUUAAGUGGUCAACAUCAUCACCAGCAAAAUAUGCAUAUUGAUUAUCUAACAUCCAUACCACCAAACAUACCAAACUACACUACGAAUGCCAGCAAUUCGUAUGAUAUCGUCUCUAUGCCUGCAGUUAUACCACAACGUAUGGCUGCCAUAAGCAACGCCUCACAUUCGCUAUCUAGUCCGCAUCAACGAACGUUGGAUCAGUCCUCGGCAUCCGCAUGUGCGGUCAACAAUUUCUAUUUGCAAAAUAAUUUAGCCGCAAAUGAAACGAGCUCAACACGCGUGCCAGUGCCCGCUUCAUCAGGAAACAAUUCGAAUGGCGGCGGCGGCGGCGGCGUUAUACAUAUCAGUCCAGAUCCCUCGGCUAGCUCAUCGAGCGGCGGUGGCGAUUCACAAUUGGCACAGGAUAAUGUUUCCGAGUCGUCCUCAUCGAAUGCUGCAGGCGGCACACCAACACAACAAGUUGGCAAUCUAUGCAGUCUCUCGAAGCUGCAGCAACUGACCAACGGCCUAGACAUACAACCAUGUAACACUUCGCCGGCCGGUCAGGUUAAUUUGACGCCACCACCACACCAUCCGGUAUCGCAUACGCCACCACAUCUCUUGGUUACACAAAAUCGCAGUAUCGGUACACCGCCCAACAUGCUACAACCGCAAAUCAAUCCACUGCAGUAUCAUAAAUAUUAUUCGAGCAACAUGAAUAUCGCACCGAUUGCCACAUCACAGAAUGUGAAUCGCAAUACGCGUAACACAGCAUCGGCGCCGGUCCAACAUAUAGCCGUGUCAUCGGUGACCACUUCAUCGACCACCAGUCGCACCACAAACGUACACAUCAGUCCGAAUUUGAUGCCGCCGUAUGGAGCCAUAAACAGCUAUCGCAUGACCACACCACAGUCGGCGGCUACACCGGCCUAUGCAGCUGGCGGUGAUUAUUCCAAUUCACAGAUUCCAAUGCAAAUGGGCGUAAUGAAUAUGCAAUCACAAUAUCCCGAUGCCUGUGCCAUUCAGAGGGCGCAACAAAAUUCAAUGUAUCCAACUUACCCAUCCCCAUAUUUAUCGUUGAACGGGGCUAUGAGGAGAUAAAGUAUUUAGUGUAAAGAUGAGAAUGUUUAAAAGUUUAUAUUUAUAUAUAUAUACAUAUACAUAUAUAUACAUAUACAUUUAUGCAUAUAUAUACACAGACCACGUAAUAAUAAACACUAUAUAUAUAUAUGUGUAUAUAUAUAUAUAAUUGUAUAUUUCAUAAUAAAUAAAGUAUAUGAUUUAAUUA